UUCCCGCUGUCAACCAGGAAGCUGAAUGACGCCUAAUAUUUUAUUCAAAAUACACGAAAAUGUGGUUGGAAGUGAUCUUAUUGAAUUUUCUAAUAAACAUUUUCCCGGAGAUAGCAGGUUUUGUUAAUUUAGCCCAUACACCUGUGCAAAAUCUACAGGGAACUGCAUCUUGGAAUGUUGAAGCUCAUACCAGUACCUGGAGUGCUGACAAAGUGGUGGAUGGUGAUACCAGACAGGACCAUCUUCCUACAUGUGCUAUUGCUGCCUACGGAACCAACACUUAUACAUCAGUUUGGUGGAAAGUGUGGUUAGACAGAAAAUUUAAUAUAGCAUAUGUGGAAAUAUAUUUACGUACUAUCACGACAAACCGGGCAACUGGUUUCUCCAUAUAUACCUACGAAGACACAUCUUUUGAGCCUCCCUCUGGAGUCACUGGAACCCUUAUAUUCAAACACGAUCCUAUGUCAGGUUGUCCAGGGGAUGUCCAGAAAAUAAAUGUAAAUAAAAUAUCCCAAGGAGUAGCCUUCUUUAAUGAAAGACCAGAUGGAUUUACGUCAAUCUGUUCAGGUACAAGCUUAACGAAGACCUCCAUUGAAAUAUGCGAAGUUAAAGUAAUGGGUUGUGAUCAAAAUAGAUAUGGUGAUGGGUGUGUCAAUAAAUGCAAUGAUAAGUGUAAGGACAGGCACUGUGAUGCUUUUAACGGAUUGUGUAUUUAUGGAUGUUCUGAUCCUGGUGCUGUGUCCUUAAAUUGUAGAGUUUGUAAUGACGGAACUUAUGCUUUAAAUGGAGUUUGUGAGCAAUGCGGGCACUGUAAAGAUGACAUACCAUGUGAUAAAGGAACCGGAAAUUGUUCAUCUGGCUGUAAGAAAAACUGGACGGGGCAUCUUUGUAAAGAAUGUGCCGAUGGUUACUAUGGCGAGAUUUGUAGUACUCAGUGUGGAAAUUGUCUUUAUGGAGUUUGUGACAAAAGCAACGGAAACUGUCCAUCUGGUUGUACAACUAACUGGAAAACACCUUUGUGUCAAGAAUGCGUUGACGGUUUCUAUGAUCAGAAGUGUACAAGUCAAUGCGGACAAUGUCGAGAAGGAUUUUGUAAUAAGAUCAACGGAAGUUGUUCAUCUGGUUGUAAACCGAACUGGAAAGCACCCAUUUGUCAAG